UUGGUCCACAUAUCCUUGAGGAGGAAAGGCGCAUCGUACUCCGACGGGCUAACUAUACACAUGUGUUUUUCAACGGUUUUUCUUGAAAACUGCCGGCCGUUCAAGUGAAAAGGUUCAUUCUCUCGCAGUUCACGGUUCAAGUUUUGUUCUGUGCCGCUCUAACGUACAAAUCCCAACGAAAAUGCCUACUUGGACGCAGAUGCAGUCACAACUCCGUAAUCCCAGCAACCCAGUGGUGUUCAUGGAUAUAACGGUUGGAACGUCUGAAAUAGGACGCAUGGUGUUCGAGCUAUACGCGGACGCGGUGCCGAAAACGUGUGAAAAUUUCCGUCAAUUCUGCACGGGCGAGUACAAAAAGGACGGUGUUGCGAUCGGCUACAAAGGAUCUAGUUUUCAUCGCGUCAUCAAGGACUUUAUGAUACAGGGCGGAGACUUUGUGAACGGCGAUGGAACGGGCGUCAUGAGCAUUUACGGUACUUCCACCUUUCCCGACGAGCAUUUUCUGCUGAAACACGACGCACCGGGUCUGCUGUCGAUGGCCAACAGUGGGAAGGACACGAACGGGUGUCAGUUUUUCAUCACCUGUUCCAAGUGUAAUUUUCUGGACUACAAGCACGUCGUUUUUGGGCGUGUUCUUGAUGGGCUGUUGAUUAUGCGGAAGAUUGAGAACGUCCCGACGGGACCGAAUAACAAACCGAAACUGCCGGUCGUUAUAUCGCAGUGUGGUCAGCUGUAGCAGGCUGUGAACGUGAAAUAAAUUGUAUGAAGCAUGUUCUGAGUGCU